AUGUCUCUUUGCCAAAAUCGCCUCCAGGAGGAGAGAAAGCAGUGGCGCCGAGACCAUCCCUUCGGCUUCUUUGCGAAGCCCGUCCGCAACCCCCAGGGCGUGCUUGACCUGAAGAAGUGGGAGUGUGGCGUGCCUGGCAAAGACAAGACACUGUGGGAGGGCGGACUGUUCAAGCUCGAAGUCGCCUUCCCUGACGAGUACCCCACGAAGCCCCCAAAGUGCAAAUUCGUCCCACCCCUCUUCCAUCCCAACGUCUAUCCGUCUGGCACCGUUUGCCUCUCCAUUCUGAACGAAGAGGAGGGCUGGAAGCCCGCGAUCACCAUCAAGGAAAUCCUGCUUGGAAUCCAGUCCCUACUCGAUGAACCAAAUCCCGAUUCUCCCGCACAGGCCGACGCCUUCAACCUCUUCAAAAAGAAUCGCGCCGAUUAUGAGAAAAAGAUUCGCAACAUCGUCAAGGAGAACCCUGCUCCAUAA